AAAUACGAAUGUCAUAGCUAAGAAAGAAGUCUUGAUUCACAGUGUAGGGUUUCAACUUUGAAGCAAUUGGUGGUUGGAAAAAGAAGAGAAGAAAAUGAAUGAAAGCACAGAGAGCCAGAAGCGUGAAGCUGAUUCAGAAAGCAAGGAGGAUGGGGUUGCUUCGAAGAAGGUCAAGAUCGAAUCAUCUGUAAUGGGUUCGGAUGAGAAUGGUGUGAACCAAUUGACUUUCCACAUUGAAGCUGAUGCUGCUGAGGAUAAGGGUUCGAGGCAUGCCAUGGAAGAUGCAUGGGUGCUUCUUCCUGAUGCAAGUUUAGAUUACCCUGGAAAUUUGAGAUGUGCACACUUUGCAAUUUAUGAUGGACACGGAGGUCGGUUAGCUGCAGAAUAUGCUCAAAAGCAUUUGCAUGGGAAUGUUCUUUCAGCUGGAUUACCACGUGAGUUGUUGGACAUAAAGACAGCUAAACGAUCUAUCCUGGAUGGUUUUCGUAAAACUGACGAGUCUCUUCUUCAAGAAAGUUCUGAAGGGGGGUGGCAGGAUGGUGCUACAGCCGUAUGUGUGUGGGUAUUGGGACAAAAAGUUUUUGUUGCAAAUGUAGGGGAUGCCAAAGCAGUUUUAGCUCGGUCAACUGUAACUGAUGGAUCCCAAAAUCACUCUGAUGGAGUUCAGGCACUGAAGGCCAUUGUUUUGACAAGAGAACACAAACCUAUCUUCCCACAAGAGCGUUCACGCAUUCAGAAGGCUGGUGGUUUUGUGAGCUCAGAUGGACGAUUACAAGGACGACUAGAAGUUUCUAGGGCUUUUGGUGAUCGCCAGCUCAAAAAGGUGGGUGUCACUGCAACCCCAGAUAUCUAUUCUUUUGACCUAACUGAUAGAGUGCACUUCAUCAUUCUUGGCUGUGAUGGCUUGUGGGGGGUGUUUGGUCCCAGUGAUGCUGUUGAUUUUGUUCGGAAGUUAUUGAAUGAAGGGCUACCUGUUACAUCUAUUAGUCGCCGACUUGUAAGGGAAGCUGUUCGUGAGCGCCGUUGUAAAGAUAACUGUACUGCCAUUGUCAUUGUAUUCAAACGCAAUUAAUCCGAGGCACCAUCUCAAUGUGUUAUACCAGCUAGGGUUCCUCUAGAAUUAGGAUUUGUUUUCAGAUACUGCUUUCAAAAGCAAUGUUAAUUGUAUGAAUAUGAAUUACCUAUCACCACAAACAAGUGGUGGCACUGAACGCUUAUUGAAUAGCUUUUUGGUUAUGAUAGUGGUGCAUUAUUGCUGUCAUUGCAGUACAUGUUGAAGUA